AGCACUACUCUUGGUGACUCUGCCCAAGCACCUUCCGACACUACCAUCUUCUGCUCAAACACCUUCCGCCACAGCCACCAUCGACACAGCAUCAUGGGUGAAUCAACUCUCACAGAGCCGAAGACCACCGUCCACACGACUCGCUCGAGUUACACAACUCAGACACACCAGAACUCUCCUUGCACUUUGGGAUGAGCUGGGUUCUUACCAGGAGCCUCUUGUUUGUGAUUGUGAAGGGCUGAAGAAACUUGUAGAGAGAGAGGAAAAAGAAAGAGUGAUGCAAUUUCUAAUGGGCUUGAACGAUUCAUACUCCACCGUUCGGGGAUCAAUUCGGAUGAUGAAUCCUUUACCAGAUACACGCAAAGUUCAUGGACUGAUCCUUCAACAUGAGCGUCAAAUGGAGGUGACUAACCGAAAUGAUAACACGCUUACUUCACAUGCAAUGCAAAUCAGACGAUCCUCAAUUGCAGGACCUUCACAACCACGCAAGUCUCUGAAGUGCACAUACUGCGAUGGAGACGGACAUCUGAAAGAUCGAUGCUACUUCAUCAUUGGCUUUCUCGUGGGCCACAAAUGGCAUGGUAAAAAUGUCAAACCCAGAAACCAGCGUUCAGGACCUACUGCUCACAACGUUGAAGCUAAUCCACCACCAACCAAACAUGCUGAUACGGUCAAGCCAAUCGCUGAUGGUCCAACCUUCACCAACGAGGAGUACAAUGAACUUAUUGCUAUGAUUCGCAAUAAGAAGGGUAAUGGUCAGUUGUUGGUGUUAAGAAGGCAAAUAUCUUUCUUCCCUAUUUUACAUGGUAUCAGAGUAGGAAGACAAACCCUAGCUCUCUCUUUUUUGCCGUCUCAAAUUUUAUUUUCUUUGCCAUUGCUUCUCAUCAUGGAGCGCGAGCAAUUUCUCUCUGAUCUCCAGUUUCAACAGAUAUUAUCUAUUAUUAACAAUAAAGGGGCAAAUCAAUCCUCCAAUCCUAAGGCCAAUGCUGCUGGUACUUCUUCAAAUUUGUCACAAGCACCGUUGCGCCUCCGUCGAUUAAUCCUCGAUAGUGGUGCAACCGAUCAUAUUACUUCUUCUCCAAAUUUGCUUGUCAACAGUCGUCAGAACACUAUUUUACCGCCAGUUAUUAUGCCCAGUGGAGAACAGGCUCCAAUCACAUCUACUGGAACUUUACCUUUGAACUCUGUUAUUUCUUUGAAAAAUGUGCUUGGUGUGCCAUCUUUCAAGGUGGAUUUGAUGUCUGUGAGUCAAGUUACAAGAAGUCUCAAUUGUUCUGUAACCUUUUUUCCCUCUUGGUGUAUUUUGCAGGACUUGACGACGAAGACGACGAUUGGUUUGGGUAAACAACGAGACGGACUUUAUUACUUGGUCGCAUUGGCGUCAGCAACACCGAGCCCUAAAUUCAGAUCCUCCGCUGCCAUUGCUAGCCAUCCAUCUUGUUCUCAUGUCACCUCCUCCACUGACUUGUGGCACCGCCGAUUAGGGCAUCUAUCUUCCUCUAGAUUAGAUUUUAUGGCAAAAAAUUUGCUCAAUUUUCCUUUCAAAUCCAAUAAUCCUUGUGAUGUUUGUGCACUUGCAAAACAAUGUCGACUUCCUUUUUCUGCUAGUUCAAUUUCGUCUGUUAGACCGUUUGAGUUAAUUCACUGUGAUAUUUGGGGCCCCUACAAAAUUCCUUCUUUUUCUGGUGCUAAAUAUUUUUUGACAAUUGUGGAUGAUUAUUCUCGUUUCACAUGGGUAUUCUUUAUGCAGCACAAAAGUGAAACACAACAUUUACUUACAAAUUUUUUCUCCUUUGUCAAAACUCAAUUUGCUGCAUCCAUUGCUAAUAUUCGAGUUGAUAAUGGGGGGGAAUUCUCUUCUAUGAAAGCUUUUUUUCAACAAAAUGGCACUACUUACCAACACUCUUGUGUCUAUACACCCCAACAAAAUGGGGUUGUAGAGCGCAAACAUCGUCAUAUCCUUGAGUCAGCCCGUGCCCUUCGCUUUCAAGCCCAUCUCCCUUUGCGUUUUUGGGCAGAAUGUGUUCUCACCGCUGUACAUUUGAUUAAUCGUUUGCCCACACCACUUCUUUCCCAACAAACUCCUUUUGAACGCCUUUAUGGCAAGAUCCCUUCCUAUUCCCAUCUUAAGGUUUUCGGGUGUCUUGCCUAUGCUACUGAUGUGCAUGUCCCUCAUAAGUUCGCUCCUAGAGCCAAACGUUGUGUUUUCCUUGGUUACCCGGUCGGUCAAAAAGCCUACAAGCUCUAUGACCUUACCACUCAUAAAUUUUUCACUAGUCGUGACAUUGUUUUUCAUGAAACUAUUUUUCCCUAUGCGUCCCUUCCAUCCAUUCCAACACCUCUAGCCCCCGUCCUUCCUCAUUUUGUGUCUGACCCUCCUAUUUCUGACUCAUUCCCUACGACCUCCACAGCACCAUUAGAACCGGUCCAUCCCGUCCCUCCCUUAGCAAUGACCCAACCCGAUUCUCCUUCUGCGUCUCCGCAUCCAGCCACCUCCACUUUUGAUCAACCCAUUCCUAUCAGCGUCGUUCAGCCCCCUCCCGUCCCUCCAUUAGAAAUGACCCAGCCAGCUUCUCCUUCUGCGUCUCCGCAUCCAGCCACCUCCACUUUUGAUCAACCCAUUCCUGCCAGCGUCGUUCAGCCCCCUCCCGUACCAGUUUUACGACGUUCUCAACGACAUCACAGUCCUCCACGUGCUUUACGUGAUUAUGUUUGCAACCAAGUAACGUCUCCCAAACCGUCGCCGUCUUCUUCGUCUGGUUCCACCAAAGGUACAAGGUAUCCUCUUUGUAACUUUCUCUCUUACCAUCGUUACUCACCACAGCAUCAUUCUUUUGUUGCUACUAUUAGUCAGGAUGUUGAGCCCAGCUCUUAUACCGAAGCAGCUUCCCAUUCACACUGGCAGGACGCCAUGCAAUCUGAAUUGGCAGCUUUAGAGGCCAAUCACACUUGGUCUCUCACUCCUCUCCCUCAUGGCAAGAAACCCAUUGGAUGUCGCUGGGUUUAUAAAAUCAAACGUCACUCAGAUGGCACCAUAGAGCGUUAUAAAGCUCGUUUGGUGGCCAAGGGUUACACAAAGUUGGAAGGUAUCGAUUAUCAUGACACUUUUUCUCCCACUGCUAAAAUGAUUACUAUUCGUUGUUUAUUGGCUCUGGCAGCUGCUCAGGAUUGGUCCCUUCACCAAUUAGAUGUCAACAAUGCUUUCCUUCAUGGUGAUCUCCAUGAAGAAAUUUAUAUGUCUCCACCUCCUGGUCUUCAGCGACAGGGGGAGAACUUGGUGUGUCGCCUCAACAAGUCGUUGUAUGGUUUAAAGCAAGCUUCUCGUCAAUGGUUUGCCAAGUUCUCAACAGCUGUUCAAGCUGCCGGAUAUGUUCAGUCCAAAGCGGACUACUCGUUAUUCACAUGUCGGAAUGGAAAGUCCUUUACCGCUCUGUUGAUAUAUGUUGACGAUAUUCUUAUUACGGGUAAUGAUCUCAAGGCUAUAUCCACUCUUAAGCAAUUUUUGCAUAGUCGUUUCCGAAUUAAAGAUUUGGGGGAUUUGAAAUAUUUUCUGGGCAUUGAAGUCUCUCGAUCAAAGAAAGGUAUUUCUAUUUCACAACGGAAAUACACUUUGGAAAUUUUGAAGGAUGGUGGAAUUUUGGGUGCUAAACCUGUGAACUUUCCCAUGGAGCAAAACAUAAAGCUCUCUGAUACAGGUGAAUUGCUUAGAGAUCCAUCUCAAUAUAGGCGACUUGUGGGACGCCUAAUUUAUUUAACUAUUACUCGGCCUGAUAUCAUGUAUUCGGUACAUGUAUUAAGCCGAUUCAUGCAUGCACCACGUAGACCACAUAUGGAAGCUGCCUUGCGUGUGUUGCGUUAUUUGAAAAGUGCUCCAGGACAGGGUUUGUUUUUCUCUUCUCAAAAUGAUUUAUCUCUGCGAGCUUUUUGUGACUCGGAUUGGGCUGGUUGUCCAAUGACUCGUAGAUCCACUACAGGUUAUUGUGUUUUUUUAGGAUCUUCACUUGUUUCUUGGCGAACAAAGAGGCAGAAAACAGUGUCACUCUCUUCAGCAGAAGCCGAAUAUAGAGCCAUGACAGGUACAUGCUGUGAGUUGUCUUGGUUACGUUCAUUAUUGAAGGAUUUACGAAUAUUGCAUCUGAAACCGGCAUUGCUACAUUGUGAUAACAAAGCAGCCUUACAUAUAGCAGCCAAUCCCGUUUUCCAUGAGAGAACCAGGCAUAUAGAAAUGGACUGCCACUUUAUUCGGGACAAAAUACAGGAUGGUUCGGUUGUAACCAAGUUUGUUACUUCGGCAAAUCAGCUUGCGGAUGUAUUCACUAAACCGUUGGGAAAGGAACCCUUUUCUACCAUGAUUCGCAAGUUGGGAGUUCUCGACAUUCACUCUCCAACUUGA